UCACAAAUAUGCUCGGACCCGAACCGGAACGUUCUUUAGAAUUUGGGCGCACAAAGCGAGCACAACCCAUUAUCCAGUUUUCAAUAUUCCAGCAAUUGACAAAAAAAUGCUAGGCAUAGUAAUGGCGGCAGUGUAUCCUAGCGCUAAUCUAUAUUCAAAGUCACAGUUACCAUUGACAUCAUUUUCUAUUAGAAAAGUAUCACCAAAGCAUCAUCUUCUUCCUUGUCAUUCACUAACAAUUCGUGUUCCCAUAAUUUUAUCUGCUUCUUAUCCUCAUCAGCCUUCUCCUUCAAGUACUCGGUUCAAAUUUAAUCCUUCAACGAAGCUCUUUGUUAGCGGACUGUCAUUUCGCACAACUGAAGAGAGUUUAAGAAGCGCCUUCAACAACUUUGGGGAGCUCGUGGAAGUUAAUUUGAUGAUGGACAAAAUUGCCAACAGACCAAGAGGAUUUGCUUUCAUUCGUUAUGCUACGGAGGAGGAAUCGCAAAAAGCAAUUGAGGGAAUGCAUGGCAAGUUUCUGGAUGGCAGGGUAAUUUUUGUAGAAGUCGCUAAGUCUAGAUCUGAACUUCGCCGAGACCAUAAUCACAAUAGCAGACAAUGAUGUAGAUAUGCAUCCGUAAUCAAGGCUCAUCUCCGAGAUGCAUGAGAACACCCUUGUGAAGGAGAAAAGCAGAAGAGAUUCAGGAGUGGACGCGCUUCAUUCAACCAUAAAUCAAUCAUCGUGCAUCUAUACUUUUAUCAGAAUAUGCAUCGGCAGUUUCUGGCUUUCUGCUCGCCCAACUUACUGUACAGAGGGAUGAAGAUUGCUUUCUUCCAUAUAGGAAAAAUUUAUCCAUACUCCAUUGGCUAAAUUGUGAUCAUUAUUGGUAAAUCAAAUGUGAUAUUUUAGGAAAAGUAAGUAAUUAUGAUAU